AUGCAAAAGAAAUUCCAGAAAAGACGCUCAGCUCAACUGGCAAACAAUUCCACCAUUCACAAGUUCGGUAACGAGCACAGUUCUUUCUGCUGGCUAGACAGAUCUACCGUGCCCUUGCCAAUGGCGCCAGAUGUCUUGCUCUGUCCCCUCGGUAAUAUGUUCCAGAUUGCACAUGUCGAGGGAGGAAGGCGUAUGCGGUCCCAAACCCCCGGCACCGCCCUCGUUUCCGCAUGUCAAGAACGGGCGAGGACGGGGGGUAAGUGGGGUUUGCAGUUCAUUUGA